AUGUCUGAGCCAGAUUGUACAAAUAUGUUAAAACAAUCAGAAGAACAACUAAACCAUCAUGUAGUUGUCGAGUCUCAUUUGUAUAAUAAUAACACUGGGCAAUCAUCUCAUUCACAGCAUGACGAGGAUUCAUUCCAACCUCAAACUCCAAUAACUCCGCACUCGCCUUUUACUCCCUCAUUACACUCGCCCUCAGAUUUGGACCAGCUAAUAACAAGUAAAUUACCACAAAAAGAAGAAACAGAACAAAAUGUUGUUUCUAAAGGUAACGAUACUAAUACUGCAAUAGUACUAAGAGUACCUCCUCCACCACUUCCACCUCCUCCACCCAUCAAUACAAAUUUUCCGCGUGAUAAACUACAUCUACCACUGUCACAUCCGCCACUACUAAUCAAUCGACGUGAAAAUACUUUUCAUCAUCAUCGUAAUCAUAAUGACAAUCGUAGAAAAAGUUCAUACGAUAGAAGACCUGAUAACAUUAGAUUUCCUAGAGAGCAUUGCCCGUCUAAACUUUCACCAAUUAUUUAUGAAGCACCUCCAAUGCCUCCAAUGCCUCCAAACGGACCAAAUCCUCCACCCCAAUCAGUGUAUGAUUAUUCACAAUAUCCUCCUGACCAACAAUACUAUCAUGGAUAUUAUAGUUCCUAUCCUCCAGAACUAUCAAAUUCCAAUUCAAAUAUUCCAUAUGCUGAUUGGCAAUCACAGAACAGUCCCGUUCAAUCUAUGCCCAUACAUUUGGCCUCAUUUCAAUGGAAUCAUCCAGGCAGACACACAGCAAUUCCUUUACCUACAGAUUUCAUGUCAGGCCCUAGUAGUGCUCCGCGUUUAUCAAUGCCAGAACCACACGAAACAUUAGGAUAUAUUAAAGGUGUGAUUAUUAGAGAUGCACAAGGAAAUAUCGGCUUGAGUCAAUACACCUUUAACACAUUGUAA